AUGCAGGCUGCUGAGGGGCAGCAGCUGUUUGAUCCUGUCUCUUUUGGGAAGGACCUCAUGAUAGGUGGGGUGGCAGCUGCUGUUUCCAAAACAACAGUAGCACCCAUUGAACGUGUGAAGCUCCUGCUCCAGGUUCAGGCCUCAUCCAAACAGAUCCGUGCUGACCAGCAAUACAAAGGCAUGAUAGAUUGCUUUAUACGCAUUCCUCGGGAGCAAGGAUUUCUCAGUUUCUGGCGUGGCAAUUUUGCCAAUGUUAUCCGAUAUUUCCCAACUCAAGCCCUAAACUUUGCCUUUAAGGACAAAUACAAGCAGAUUUUUAUGUCUGGAGUUGAUAAAGAUAAACAG